AUGUCGGCCUUUAAGCCUAGAUCUUUGCAGACUCUGGUUCUAACCCCGGAGAAGAUCCCGAGUUUCUUUCUCCUACCCUGCACUCCGCGGCCUUAUCCGGUGUCCCCGGAGCGGACCAGACUACUUUCUCAUCAUGAUGGUGAUAGUGAGAGCCCCCCUGAGAACCCACCUAGCCCUGCGUCCUCUCCCAGAUUCCACACACCCCUACCAGUCAUUCACUCUCACACUGCCACUGCUGCUGCAGUAUCUGCGGAUGUAGACAUGGACCUGACCACGCGUGCAGCUAUGUCGCUGUGUCACGUGCCGAAGGUGACCACGCCCUACGGUUUCCGCAAUGUGUUGGCUGUGAGCCCCUGCACACGGCGACGGGAGUCCCUGUUUCAUCGGAACAAAGGAGACCCCCACACUGUAUCUGACCCAGCAGACCUUGGUCCUGGUCCCAGUCCUAGCAGGCGUGCUAGGACUGCAUCCCUGCAUCCAAUGAGGACUCUGGGUCUGCAGGUCAUUAAGGCACUCCAGAGACCUGUAGCUACUCUAAAAGCUCUGAGUCCUAACAAACACCUGAACAAUGUGGAGAGGGUGUCCUCCUUUAAGUUCCUCGGCACCCACAUAUCCGAGGACCUAUCCUGGUCCACAAACACAUCAGCCCUCGUAAAGAAAGCCCAGCAGCGCCUCCAUUUCUUGAGGGUUCUGGGAUGGAACAGGCUGCAGACUGAACUAGUGUCCUUCUACCGUGCCACUAUCGAGAGUGUGCUGGUGCACGCCAUCCCUGUGUGGUACGCUGGUUGCACAACAGCUGACAAGAAGAGACUACAGAGGGUCAUCAGAACUGCAGAGAAGGUGAUCGGCUGUCCACUCACCUCCCUGGACUUAAUUGCCAGCUCAAGAUGUCUCUCCAGAGCCAGGGCAAUUAUAAAGGACCACCUCCAUCCUAACCACCACCCCUUCAACAUCCUGCCCUUUGGAAAAAGGCUCAGAUCCAUCAGGUGCAAAACCAACAGACUAAAGAACAGCUUCUUCCCGUGGGCUGUCAGAACUCUUAAUGCAAACUAA